UUCUAGGUUCUCAAAACAAAAUGCGUUUCUGUGUUCCAAUAUUCCUCCCAUCACUAGCUGUUAACCAUUUCUGUUGCUAACCUGGAGAUCAGGAUCCAUGGCCUCAUGAGGGCAGCAAAGAACCACAGAAGGGUCUCCAUCAUAAGUGUUGAAUCCUCACCCUCCAAAGCUCCUCAAAGCCUAUUAUAUAGGUUAGCCAUGGUUUGUUGCUGAUUGUAGAUGGCAAACUGCAGGUUGGGUGGCCGCCUCUCAGGAACGCUUGAGCUUCUGCAAUGUCAGGGGGCUGGAGUAGAUGACCCUUGUCCACUUCUGUGACUCCAAGACAUUGGUGGGAGAACAAGCCGGAAGAACCCAACACAUUUCUGGCGUCGGACAAUCCAUGGGUGUGAAGGGAGGCUUGGUAGACGCCUAGGGAUCUCUGACGAUUAGAACCAGUUUGGCUCUGGUGUACAUUUACAAUACAAACACACCCAAAGUCUGUGUGCCCAGCAGUUGGUUUUUAAGUGUGUUUAUUUUCUCCAUGGCUCACGCCUCAAGUACUUCACAACAGGCCACUUCAGGGAAACCAUUGCGGAGGAUAAGAAAGCCCUUUGAAAACAGGGUUGGGUUUCUCACUCCAAGCAAAACCGUGUGGGACUCCUUGAGCUUUGAAAGUAUCUGGAGAAGAGAAGGUUAAAAGGUGAUAUGAUAGCCUGGUUUAAAGAUGAGAAAGGAUGUCGUCUUGAGGUUGGAGCAAGCGGAGCUCCUUGAGCUUUGAAAUUACCUUUAGAAGAAGCAUACCCUCCAAGGUUUCAGAGAGAAAAUCCAUGGAUGGCUGGGCAACUUCAGAGGAUGGUCAAGAUGGCAAAAACUGCUAAGGAGGGAGGACACACAAACCAGGAGAGGCUGCAGCAGUUUGCUUUGGCCUGAGCGGACUGGGAAGGGCACGAUUCUGCCCUUCUUCUGAAUUAAUUGAGCAUGAACUCCUUGAAAGCCAGUUUGCAGCAACAGAAAUAAACCCAGUUUGUAGCAACUGAGAUAUGCUGAGGACAAAGGGGAGAAGUAGAGAGAAACGCAUCUUAAAUGCAGCUGAGAAAGUGGGAUGGCAGAGGAUUGCUCCCUUCCUGUAGUGAAUACUAUUGCUGCUAUAAAUGCAGUUGACUUUUGAGCUGCAAGACAUGCGGCCUGAAACUUUAGGACCGUCCAAACCAUUUUCUAAGAAGUUUCCUAAAGUUCCCUGCUGUGUUUUGCCUUUUCUGUUGCUCAGCCACCCCUGCUCCCCGGGGUUUGCAUUUCCAACCCCUGAGGUCUUCCUCCUCCUCCUCUUUCCACAUCCCACCCUUCCGGUCUAACUGGAUUAGUAAUUCAGGUUUAUGACAAGGAGGCAAGGCACUAAAACACCUCUCUGACUGCAAAGCUGAGAGUCGACUGUUACCUGCCUUUUCAGUUUAGAAGCCAGUGGCGGCAGGAUCCAUCCAAACAAUUGCAGUUUCUGGUGAUGAAAGAGAAGGAAGCAAGUUUGGAGCUCUCAGGAAACAGCUGAGCCUCUUUGCACCUUCCUGGGUCACUGGGUCGGAGGAUUGGCCCCAGGAGGAGCCACCGAAUCGGGGCAGCAAGGGGCCAUGGGCGCCUCCGAGGAGGAUUACAACUUUGUCUUCAAAGUGGUCUUGAUCGGGGAGUCCGGCGUCGGGAAGACCAACCUUCUCUCCCGCUUCACCCGCAACGAGUUCAGCCACGACAGCCGGACCACCAUCGGGGUGGAGUUCUCCACCAGGACCAUCCUGGUGGGAGAUGCCCUGGUCAAGGCCCAGAUCUGGGACACGGCGGGGCUGGAGCGCUACCGGGCCAUCACCUCCGCUUAUUACAGGGGAGCAGUGGGGGCCCUCUUGGUUUUCGACAUCACCAAGCACCAGACGUACGACGUGGUCGAGCGGUGGCUGAAGGAGCUCUAUGACCACGCAGAGGCCACCAUCGUGGUGAUGCUGGUGGGCAACAAGACGGACCUGGCCCAUGCCCGGGAAGUGCCCACCGAGGAGGCCAAGAUGUACGCAGAGAACAACGGGCUGCUCUUUGUGGAAACGUCUGCCCUGGACUCCACCAACGUCGAACUGGCCUUUGAGACCAUUUUGAGAGAUAUUUUCAACAAAGUGCAAAAGCAGAAGCAGAGGAGCCCUCUGGACAAGACUGUCGCUCUCUCGGCCGAAAGCCCCAACGCCGAGUCCGGCUCUUCGGCCACGGAAGGGAAGCGGUUGUCCUCAUUGGGGACUCUGGCGUCGGGAAGAGCAACCUCCUUUCUCGCUUCACCCGAAACGAGUUCAACCUGGAGAGCAAGAGCACCAUCGGAGUGGAGUUUGCAACACGGAGCAUCCAAGUGGACAACAAGACCGUCAAGGCCCAGAUUUGGGACACAGCUGGGCAGGAGCGCUACCGCGCCAUUACGUCUGCCUACUACCGAGGAGCAGUUGGCGCUCUUCUUGUCUAUGAUAUCGCCAAGUACCUGACCUACGAAAAUGCAGAGCGCUGGCUUAAGGAGCUGCAGGACCACGCGGACGCCAACAUCGUCAUCAUGCUGGUGGGCAACAAGAGCGACCUGCGUCACCUGCGGGCAGUGCCCACCGACGAGGCCAAGAGCUUUGCUG